GAGAUCAGGGACUCAUCGAUUGACAGCAUCUCAUCGCAUAGCAUCACGUCGUCGCACCGCACCCUUUCCACUACCACAACAGCGCCCAUCAUGCCCCACCUGAGAGACGAGACGAUGCGACAGGCCCGUGACCGAUCGGUAGCUCGCUACAUCCGCGCUGCCUCUGACAUCCUCGACGACGCUACGGCAGGCAGUCGUGCUCAUCGGGAGCGCCAGUCGUCCGUCUACUACAACUUUGCUGCCCAGCUUGCUGCUGCAGACUCGACACUCGGCUUGCUCAAGACGCUCGCUGUGGCACCCGAGAUCCAGGCCGUCACUCGCUCAAGCUCGCUCGAUCGUGUUGCACUCGCUGAGCUCGGUCUCGGCUCAUCACUCGUCGGCCGUGGUCAUGACGAGCGUCUGCUUCAAGUCGUCUUGCUCGCUACGCUGGUCCAGGAGGGCAUCAAUGAUCGUGCUCAGUCGUCAUCAUGGAUCCGCUCGCUCGGUCAAGACGUCUUGCUCGCCCGUCUCCUCGCGGCCAACGACCAAGGCCGUCAGGUCUCGCUUCAAGAAGCCUACGAGCUCGUCCAGGAUCUGAUCGACACCCGCUACUCCGGCCGCCACGAGCAGGAGUGUCGUGUCCAGUUGCUCAUUCAAUUGACCUCUGACGCUGCACGCUCAUCAUCUGCUCUGGCCUCGAUCAGCCGAAUCGGUGCUCGCCGUGAGGACGUUCGUGACAUCAUCGAGUCGCUCGUCUUUGACCGUCGACCGGCUCGCAACGUCAACGCACGUGACAUCAUCGAGCUCAUUGCCUCGAGCCGCUCCCAGCUCAAGUCACGUCGUUGCGCCGCACUUGACGGCGGCAAUGACAACCUUGCCGAUCUCAUCGAAGCGCUCUCGUUCGAUCGCUCUGCUCGUCGUGGCCUCAGCUCUCGCACUGAGCACGACAUCGAGCAGCUUGCCAACGAUCUCAUCCAAGACCGCGGCAUUGAACGUAUCGGUGGCAAACGCGAGAUCGACCAGGUCCUCAUCGAUGCUCUCGACGGUCGUCGCUCGAUCGCUCGUGAAAAUCGCAUCGAACGUGAUGCUGAGCGUGUCCUCAUCGAUCUCCUCGGCGAACGCGGUGUCCGUGGCUCGUCUAGCAACGAAGCUGAGCUCAUUCAGGACGUCAUCGCUGGCCGCUGCUCGACGCGUGGACUCGAUCUCGAAGACAUCCUUGCUGCGACUCGUCGUGCAGGUCGUGGUGUCGACAUUGAGGACUUGAUCGCUACUCCUCGCACCGGACGUGACUACGAUCUCGAAGACCUCCUUCAAGCUCGUCUCGGUCGCAACAACUCGGAGGCCGAAACGCUUCGUCUCAUCCGCAACCUCGAACGCAAUGGCGUCCUUCGCACGGUCGAAGCAGAGGCCGGCUGCUGCGGCCAGACGGACGAGCUGGAUCGCAUCUUCGGCCUGGCCGGAAUAAAGCUCGCAAGCUCGAACGAUCAGGACAGAUUGAACGCAACCUCGCUCAAGCGGUCAGUCCAUGAUCAAGUCGCUGACACAAUGCAAGCUGAUCUUGUUCUGUCCAACAGCUCCGCCGAUUGUCGAGCUCGCUCUGAAGUCAUCACGCAGGAG